GCUCUCCAGCCUGUCUUCACGUGUGGAAUGGCAACAGCUGUGUGGCUGCCACCCGCCUAGUCUUUGGCACGGAUGCCACAGGCACCUCCAAAGACCCCCGCACACGCGUGGUGGCUGCGGCGGUCGUUGCCUGCACUUUAGAGGGGGGUGUCCUGACCGAGCGGGGUCGGAUCACACAAAUCCUCCCAGCAGGUUGCAACGUGGUGCAGGGUGAAGCGUGGGCACUGGCCCUCCUUUUGCGCUACGCCAAGGGCGAGGCUGCAGUCACCGUGGAUUGUAAACCUGCCAUCACGCAGGCCGAAUGUUUUGCCUUCAGACCCAGCCACGCAAACAUCUGGGAGGAAGUCUGGGAGGACCGGCAACGCGUCCAGAUUACGUGGCAUCCGUCGCGUAGGCCUCCAGAGGAAUAUCAACAGCGACAUGGGGACCCUAAGCAUUGGAGAGUCCGCCUCAACGACAUGGCGGACGAGGCGUGCAAAGCAGCCGCUGCUGUCGUGCCGUGGCGGCAACAUGCAGAGACUGUUGCCCAAGUCGAUGAGCUCACCGAGGAGAUCUCGCAUUUCCUGGCGCGGCGUACGUGGACCCUCCUUGCUGGGGAGGAGGGCUCGCCGGCACCACCGCAGAGGCAAAACCGACCAGCCCCGGAUGGAGGACUCAAUAAGAAGCAGAGACUUGAGCAACUUCUUGCCGGUGAGCAUCUGCACGGCCACCGAUUCGCUUGGUCGCACACCAAUGCGACCAACCACUCCUUGAAGUGCUCAAUCUGUACCCUUUACAUUCAACAAGUUCAUUCUAACGAGUGCUUUGACCGCUUGGCAGCACAGCCUUGUGCCCACCGACCGCGCGAGGACCUCAGCCUUUUUGGCUUUAACCCCGCACAUUCCAUGUACAAUAUGGGCACGGUCCUGCUGUGCACCAGGUGCUUUGCAGUGCACAAGCCAGCUCAACUCACCCUUACUAAGGUGCUACGCGAGGACUGCGAAGGCGCAACCAGGGCCCACAAGAAAAAGAAGACUGAGUGGGCUCAGAAAUACCUUCGGGAAACCACAGUCCCUGCAGCCCUUUUCAAGGCAGCAGCCCCGCAGCCGGCGGUUGCACCGGAGCAGGCUGCACCGAGCAGCGCAAGCGCUAAAGAGGUCAGCAAGGCCGCCGGCGCAGCGCCACCCAACGAGCCGAGCAAUGGUGAGGGUGCCUCCCCUGCGAGGUUCAAAGACUGGGGCACCAUGCAGGGGCCCAAAUACAUCGGCAUGGAGCUUUGCCCUGGAGCGAGGGGCGGCGCCCGCGCUGCUCGGACGGUGGUGAGGAUGCCUCCCCCGUUACGGCCCGUUCCUGGAGCAGCAGCUAAGUCCAAAGGGCGCGACAAAGCCAGAACGGAGGCUGCCUCCUCUGGCCAGGGCUCAAUGGAAGCUGCUGCUGCCAGCGCAACCACUGCAGAAGCAGCAGCUGAGGGUGCAGCCUCAAAGCCAGAAAUUGAAGAAGAAGGCACCGGCACUGGGGCUGCCCGCUCCGGUGCCACAGCAGAGGAUGAAACCUCGGACUCCGAAGUGUCGUCAGCUGGUUCCCUGGAAAUGGAGCUCCUGGAAGACCAGACGCUGACCAAGCUUAUGGAACAAUGGGCCCGUGCUGUGCCCAUAAAGUCCGAAGAACCGGAAAUGGAGCCUCACUUUGUCUGCGUGAGGCAGGCCAAUCAGCGACACCCAAAGUCGGCAAGGCAUUGGUUGUCACAGGAAGCUUUCCUGCUGAAGGAUGUUUUCUCCAAUGCCGUUAUCAAGCCUCCAAGGAGGCUGACGAUGGUUGGAAAAGGAAACUGGAGAGUGGUUUAUACCUACAACGACAAAUUCGUCAUCAAGCUGGCAGAUGAGGCCCACGGUAACGAGGCCCUGAUGUCCAGGAUGUUCCCUUCCAUCACUGCUGAGGUGGUGUGGGAGGGCAAAGUGUAUGUCUCGAUGCACGACGGUGCAGGGAAUGCCGUCAUCCCCUUUUUCGGCCUCGUACAGAGGACUCCCAAGGACCAGAUCCGCGAGUUCCUCUUCUACGUGGGGGCGGUGAUGACAUGGGUUGAGAGCAAGGGGGUCUCGAUAUGUGAUAUCGGGCCAAGCAAUCUCGCUGUCAACCCGGCGAUUUCCUUUCCACCUCGCCUCUUUUUGGUGGACACGCAGGACUGGUACCAAGCAGGGGCCCAGCGCAAGAAAGGCUUCUCGGGUCUGCUGCGGCUUGCCUACAAUGCCUGCCCGGAGACGGAGCCAGUCCUAAACAAGAUAUGGUCGGGCCUCAGGAAUCACUAUCCUAAGAGGUUUGCGGCUUUCUCGGCGGAAGCACCGUCGUACCGGCAGGUCCUGCAGUCGCAGGGCUGUGCAGUGCACACUGGUGCUUUGGCCACGUCCUUCAACAGUGGCUGCUAA